AAACAAAAAAACAAAAAACUUGCGACCCAGACAAGCAACCAGCUUCAGACCCACAAAUGCGAGUUGUGGCGGACAGCUAACUAACGUUCUGGAGAAAGAGAAAGAUGUCUGAUUUAAGUGAGUUUUUGCGUGCCAGAGGAGUCCCCGAAGCUUCCAUUGCACUAAUGGAAGAACAAAAGAUUGACCGUGAGGUCAUAGGUCUCAUGGACGAUGCAACACUUGAAAACUACUUACCUUCAUAUGGAGACAGAAUUGCUGUUUUCAACUACUGCAGAAGCAAACAGCCAUUAUCCAAAAGAAAACAAGGACUUCUUCAAAAGCUUCGUGAGAAAAUGAAGAACAGAAAGGAAAGUCCAAAGGAGACAUCAAUACAUCAAAGUACAAAACAGGAAAAGAAGCAAAGGGGAACACAAAAUGUUGAGAUUGGAUGGAUACAUAAUGAUGGAAAAACUACCAAACAGGUGAGAGCGAAGCAGGGAGGUGGCACUAGAAAAAUUCAAAUGGCCACUGAUGCUGGAUUAAAAGACAUUCUUCAAGAAGGAAAGACCCUUUUUUUUCCUGAUGGCACAUCGCCUAAGGGACCUGAAUCAGAUUUUGAGUUUGAGGUUUGGGACUUUAAACAGAGCCACCUUACUGAAGACAUUGGCCUGACUAUUGGCAACAUGUAUGAAGCUGCAAGACUGUCAAUGUUACGCUUCUACAUUGCAACAAAACCAAAAGAUCCAGAAGAAGAUAACAGUGACACAUCUGAAGUCGUAUUUGUCUUGGAAAGCAGUAGCAGUGAAUUUAAUCCAUUGCAGGUGGUGGAAGUCAGGAGUAAUUCUGUUGAAGUCCUACAUAGUCCAGAACUUUUAGAUGAUUCAGAAAUUACUUUUGGUCCCAUUCUAGAUGCUGAGGAAGAUACAGACGACACAUUAAUCUAUGAGGGUUUUGUGGUUCCCCCAAGUCCAGCAAAUCCAGAAGAUGCAAUCAUGAUCACUCUACGCUAUGCUGACACUUUACAUGACCUUAUUACUGCUUUCUCUGAUGAAGGGAUUUUGAGAAAAACACUGAAUGUAAAACGCAUACUUCCAGACAACACAGAAGAAGCAGGCACAGGCUCAGGAUUACUGAGAGAUGUUCUCACUUGCUUCUGGAAUGAAUUCUAUGAGCGAUGCACCCUUGGUACAACAGUGAAAGUGCCAUUCAUCCGUCAUGACUUUACCGCUGAAAAAUGGAAGGCAGUUGGGCGAAUCCUUUUGAAAGGCUACCGAGACUGUCAGUAUUUUCCAAAUAAAAUUGCAAUCCCUUUUCUUGAACAGGUGCUUUUCAGUAAUGUUUACAGCGAUCUUAAAGCACAUUUUCUACAGUUUGUGAGCAGCCAAGAAUGUGAAGUUUUGAGGGAGGCAGUUAAGAAUUUUUCUGCUGUUGACCUUGAUGAUCUUGUGGAAGUUCUUGACAAUUAUGGCUGUAGAAAAAGAAUCACUCCUGAAAGUUUUCCUAAUAUUCUUGAUGAAAUAGCUCACAAAGAGCUUGUCCAAAAACCAAUGUUCGUCAUUGACUGUUGGAGGGAGAUCAUCUACCCACAUCUGUCCCUCAGCCCAGAGGCACUGAACAAGCUGUUCAAAGACCUGCAACCAACUUCCAAAAAAGUCUGUCAGCUGCUGAAAUUUGCUGUAGAUUUAAAUCCAAAGCAAAAGGAAGUAGAGAAUCAUCUCAAAAGAUUCAUAAGAGAGCUGGAUGACAUUAAGCUUCAGAAAUUUUUGCGAUUUUGCACUGGAUCUGAUCUUAUUGUAACAAACAGUAUAUUUGUGGAAUUUCAAGAUAUGACAGAGUUCACUAGAAGACCUAUGGGACACACAUGUGGAAGUACUCUGAAAAUAGCAGACAGCUAUGAAAACUUCCCAGAUUUUCGUUCUGAAUUCAAUGCAGUUCUUGAAAGCAAUGUCUGGGUAAUGGACAUUGUUUGAUUCAUACUGGAAUGUACUACUUUUGAAAUGUUCAAUCAGAGUAGAGCAGAACUGCAAAGAAACAUAAAGAAUAUGUAUUUUGAACUGAGAGAAAUUAUUCCUGUUUAAAAGAAAUUGAUGAAAGUUACCCAUUUCUGUUGGAAGCUCAGUUUUGACUAAGAAUAUUCAAGUUUCUUUUAUUGUACCUAUAGUUUCACAUUAUACAAUGAAGUUGCCACAAAACAAAUGAAUAACUGUUUAUUACAUCCAAAAGCAUCUUGACUUGAUCUCACAUCUCCAGCUGCUGGAUAGAAACAUUCAACGGUAACAAGAAAAAUAUUGUUAGAGACAUAUAAAGUUAUAAUAAAACUAGCUUUUAAGCUUUCUUUAGUAGAACACAUAUUAAGUGACAGUUUAGUUAAAUCACAAACUCUUUUGGUAAGGAGUAAUACUUAUACAUUUAUUUGUUAUUUAGUAAUUGGGUCUAGAAUAGAUGUGGAAUAAUACAAGAAACUGAUUUAUAGUGAAACUCUUACACAAUGUUUCAACACUUGCAAAAUGGUGAAUAUGGGUCAGUUCAUUUUGAAUUUUUUAUGUCUGAAAAUGUGUGUUGAAAAUAAACAUGAAAAACAAAAACAUCUGUUAAGGAACGUUCAGGUGUUAAUCUUUUGUAUUUGCUGUUGAAUCCAAAUGUACAAUAGAAAGUUAUAGAAAACAUUCUUCAACAUUUUCCUUAGUUUUAUAAAUGUUCUUGUCACUAAGCAAAUGUGCUGUUCACCUGUCAUCAAUCAAGCUGUGUGAUUGUUUCACACAGCUUUUAAAGAACUCCAUUUGUUCCUAAUGUUAUAAAUAGAAACUAUACCAUGCAGUGCAAAAGCUGAGGUUAUUUGAUCAAAUUCAAGCAAAAUUGUCAUGUUCAGAAAUGAGCAAUUGAUCUAACACCUGCACCAAUGUCCUUGUCGACAAGUUAUGGAUUUUUGGUAUUUUAUUAACAAUUAGUACUUGUUCUAUCUUUGCAUCUGAGAUGACAUGUUAUUUUUGAUACCACAAAAGCAACAGUGUUCAUGAUCUUUUAU